CCCUCAUGUUGACCAUGCAAAAGGAGGAGAUGAAAACCAACCACACAAUUCAGCUCACAACUCAGUUUCUACUGCCAACCAAGACGUAGUUGCAGCUUAGCUCGCUACUAUGCAACAACAGUUUGGUAUCUUUCAGCUAGUGCUGGCUCAUCUCUUAGCCCGGAACAACUCUGGUGAUCCCCUCAUCAAUCUACUUAACCUUGCUCCGCAACCCCUAGCUCCACAACAAAAUCCUGAACCAGUUCAGCAUGCUCCUGCUCUUAGUGAAUCUCAGGGCCAAUCUCACAUCGCCCCAGUUCAGCAACCCCUUCAUGAUGAUGUCACUCGACGUCUAGACAGCCUAGAAAAGCUAGUGGCUGAACAGCGAGAUGCCCCACCUCCACACCAUGCUGCUGACUCCAUACCCCACCCUCUGAACACCAACAUCACACUGGAACCCUACCCCGCUGGCUUCAGGAUACCACAACUUGAAACUUAUGAUGGGACGAAAGAUCCCAAUGAUCAUCUACAUGCUUUCUACUCUUGCAUGCAAGCCCAGAACACCUCUAACGCGUUGAUGUGCAAAAUCUUUCCCUCGACUCUCCGAGGUAAUGCUCGAACUUGGUUGAUCAGGAAAACUACUUCUGAGUUUAUGCGAGUUAAACAGAGGGAAGGAGAAUCUUUGAAGAAUUAUAUGAGCCGAUUCAAUGACGCAGUACUGGAGGUUAACUCCUUCGACCAAGCUAUGGGAAUUACAGCUGUGAUCUCAGGUCUAACCCAUGAGAGAUUCAGAGAUAGUUUGCUCAAGCACCCUGCCACCACCUUCAGUGAGGUGAAUAAUAGGUCCCUGAAAUUCAUCACUGCUGAGGAAUAUGCCCUGUCACAGAACCCAACUCCUUUUAAGAAUCAAUACCCGGACUGGAGAGAUGAGAAUCUGAACAGGAAACGGAUGAAGACAACACAUAACCGAGGUCCGAUGCUGACUUCCACUCCGAGAUUCGGAAAGCCGAACUCAACACCUCCACAACAACCUGCAGGUAAACCUCCAGUUACUUGGACUCCUUUUAACUUGCCGAGUCUAAGGUCCGAGUUUGAAAGUUUAGCUCAGAAAGGAAUGUUGAAUGAGUACAUCCAGAGAGCUGAACAGCCAAGAUUUGUCAGAGAACAGGGGUCACAGCAUCAAGGAGUUCGUAAUCCCCCAAACAGGCAAGGUGUGGGAUAUCAGCAAGCCCCACCCCCGCUCCCACCACCAGCUAGAAUCAUACACAUGAUUACGGGAGGCUUGGAAGCAGGUGGCCUGAGCUCUAAACAGAGAAAGUUGUACGUCAAAGAGGUUAAGCAUCAACGCCGAGCUCAGAAACAGAAGUUUGACGAUGCUGCCUUGAAGAAUCAACCUAUUACUUUCACAUCUGUUGAUUUUGACACAGUUGUUACACCCCACAAUGAUCCUCUGAUCACUUCUGUCCUGGUUAACAACUGUGAAGUACAACGUGUCCUUGUUGACACCGGGAGUGCACCAGACAUCAUGUACUUCCACUGUUUUGAGAGUCUUGGACUAGAUCCGGCAUUAUUGCAGAGAUAUGAUGGUCCCAUCUAUGGUUUCAAUAACCAGCCGGUUCCAGUUGAAGGUGUCCUCACCAUGAAUGUUGCAUUUGGGAGUGGCCGAACCUAUGUGACUCAUUCCGUCCGGUUUCUAGUAGUCAAGAUGGCGUCUUCCUUCAACGUUGUUAUUGGCCGACCCACGCUGACUGAAACCGAGCCGUGGUUUCCCAUAACACAACCUAAGAAGGGUAAAGAUCAAAUACCUGAGGCCGGUCCCCAACAGAUUUUUGACAAUCAGCAAGUCAUGGGUGUUGAAAUAGUAGAUAAUCGACCGGAAGAUGAAAUCAGAGCUGCUCCAGUUGAGGAUGUUGAAGAGGUGCACAUUGAUGACAACGAUCCGAGCCGAAAGUUGCAAAUUGGAACUAAGUUGAACCCGGAGGAAAGAGCAGAGCUAAUAGCUUUCCUUCGGGCCAACAAAGAUGUUUUUGCAUGGACUUCAGCAGAUAUGCCGGGAAUUCCCACUUCAGUUUCUCAACAUAAACUCAGCACCGAUAACCAAAGGGUUGAUUACUGUGAAUGGGUCGCCAAUCCUGUGCUGGUGAAAAAAGCAAACGGUAAAUGGCGGAUGUGCAUCAAUUACACUAACCUCAACGAUGCAUGUCCAAAAGACUGUUACCCAAUGCCAAACAUUGACAAGCUGGUUGAGGCAGCUUCUGGAAAUGAGAGAUUAAGUCUCUUGGAUGCAUACUCUGGCUACCACCAGGUUCCAAUGGCUCUUGAGGAUGAAGAUAAAACCUCGUUUUAUGCCGGUGAUGAAAUUUAUUGCUAUGUAAUGAUGCCCUUCGGGUUGAAGAAUGCAGGUGCCACCUACCAGAAGAUGGUUACCAUCGUAUUCCGAGCUCAAAUAGGCCGGAAUCUGGAGGUAUAUGUUGAUGAUAUAGUGGUGAAAAGUUUGAAAGCUGGAGAUCACUUAACCGACCUCGAGGAGACAUUCAACAACCUCAAAAAGAAUAGAAUGAAGUUAAAUCCAACAAAGUGUAUUUUCGGUGUGGAGUCGGGAAAGUUUAUACGCUUCAUGGUGUCCAAAAGGGGGAUUGAGGUCAACCCUGAGAAGAUUAAAGCAGUAGCCAAGAUGAAACCACCGAAAUCAGUGAAAGAUGUACAGAGGUUGACAGGGAGAGUAGCAGCUCUUCAUAGAUUCAUUUCGAAAUCAGCAGAUAAAUGCUUGCCGUUCUUCAAGAUCAUGAGAUUGGCAGCUCAGAAGGAUGAAUCUGGCAAACAAAAGAAGUUUGCAUGGAAUUCAGAAUGCCAAGCUGCGUUUGACGAGCUGAAGUCUUAUCUUAACUCACCUCCCUUGCUGACAAAGGCUGAUGAUGGAGAAAUCCUUUACUUGUACCUCGACAUAUCAGAUGAGGCUAUCAGUUCUGUAUAUUCCAUUGUUGAGAAAGCAGCCUUUGUAGUUGUCACUUCGGCCAGGAAACUGAGACCGUAUUUCCAAUCACACCCAAUCAUAAUCCUCAUGGACCAGCCCCUUAGACAAAUUUUGCAAAAGCCAGAAUGUUCGGGUAGAUUGAUCAAAUGGGCAGUUGAAAUGGGAGAAUUCGAGAUCACAUUUCAGCAGAGGUCAGCAAUUCGAGCUCAGGCUCUUGCCGAUUUCAUAGUAGAAUGCACCUCGGCUCACUCUGAUUCCCAAUCCGAGGUAGACAGCUGGAUUCUGUAUGUUGAUGGCGCAUCAAGUAACAAAGGUUCUGGCGUUGGUGCAAUCCUACUUGGCCGAGAUGGGUACCGAAGCGAACACGCUCUAAAAUUUAAUUUUGAUGCCACCAACAAUAUGGUCGAAUACGAAGCCCUGCUACUCGGCUUACAACUGACGACAGAACUGAAGGUUGAAGCGAUACAAAUAUACAGUGAUUCACAGUUAGUAGUUAAUCAAGUCAACUCAAUCUGUGAAGUAGUUGAUCCUGUUAUGAUAAAGUAUGCAACUCUGGUAGCCGAACUAAAAUCCAAAUUCCAGAAAUUCAAUUUAAGCAAAAUACCUCGGGCUGAAAAUGAGCAAGCAGACUCCUUCUCCAAGUUUGCUUCUGAUGGCAACCAAAGCUUCAGAUCGGCCUUUGUUGAAAUUCUGGACGAGCCUAGCUUCUUGAAGCCACGAAUGAUGGAGGUCAGCACAGAUCCUAGCACAUCGAGCUGGACAGAUCCAAUUAUCUCGUUUCUACGAGAUGGCACAGUGCCUGCGGAUAAACAGGAAGAGAUGAGGUUGAGGAAGAAGGCAUCUCAGUACAUCCUUGUUAAUGAUGUCCUCUACAAGAGAUCUUUCUCACUCCCUCUGCUCCGCUGCCUAACCCCUUAUGAGGCUGAAUACGCACUUCGGGAGGUGCAUGAAGGUGUCUGCGGAAGUCACAUAGGUGCUCGAACUUUGGCCCACAAAGUCCUUAGACAAGGUUAUUAUUGGCCCAACAUGUAUAAGGAUACCACCCAGUUCGUACAGAGGUGUCAGAAAUGUCAAUUCUUCGCACAUCUAAUCCACCAACCUGCAGAAGAGCUCACUAUUCUGAUAGCACCUUGGCCAUUUGCUCAGUGGGGUCUUGACCUUUUAGGUCCAUUUAUGAAGGGAGUAGGAGGUGUAACCCAUCUCAUCAUUGGUGUGGAUUAUUUCACAAAAUGGGUUGAAACUCAGGCACUAUCCAGUCUUACCUCCAAGAAGGUCGAGGACUUUGUUUUCAGCUCGAUUAUUUGCAGAUAUAGGAUCUCGAGUCAGAUUGUAGCUGAUAACGGAACUCAAUUCAAUUGCUCCUCAUUCCAAGAUAUCUAUUCCAACUACGGGAUCAAACUGCAGUUCACCUCGGUUUACCAUCCGGAGUCCAACGGCAUGGUCGAAUCUGUUAACAAAUGCAUCUUAGAAGGUAUAAAGCUGAGAUUAGAACAUCACAAGGCUAAAUGGGCAGACGAGCUCAACAACGUCCUCUGGGCAUACAGAACCACGGGCCGAACUGCCACAGGUGAAACACCCUAUCAUCUGGCUUUUGGUACCGAAGCAGUUAUUCCUAUCGAGAUAGGAGUCCCAAGCUUCAAGGUUACCCAUUUCGAUGAAGGACGAAAUGGACAACUGCUUCGGGAGAAUCUUGAUCUGCUUGAUGAAGUCAGAGAAGAAGCACGACUUCGAACUCUAGUCUACAAGCAAAAAAUAGCAAACUUCUACAACAAACGAGUUCGACCCCAAACUUUCAAAGUAGGAGACCUUGUUCUCAGGAAAGCUGAUCUAACGGGGUUCGAAACUCGGUUUGGAAAGUUAGCACCAAACUGGGAAGGCCCCUACACUAUAGCCGAAGUGCCCCACCCAGGUGCUUAUGUCCUACAGGACACUAAGGGCAAAAGGGUUCCUAGAGUCUGGAAUGCCAAUAACUUGAAGAAAUUUUACCCUUAAUACACUUCUUUCCAGUAAACUUUGUCUUAUUUCUAUAAUCGCUAUUAUUCUGAUUACUGUAUAUCGAAACUCAAUUCAUUUACGUCAUUAAUGAACUUCACUUCACAUUUGAAGUGAUUCAGUCCUUUCAUUGUGACUUAUUCAAUCACUUCAUAUGUUGGGUUAUGAUUUCUUUACACUCACUUCUGAAGUGUUUUGCUUCAUCUUUCGUCAUUUCUGCAUUUGAAGUCCGCCUCACAUAUAUAUAUCCGAGGUCAAUUCCUCUGCUGUUCAUUUUAUUGUGUUCGAGGUCAGAACCUUGUGUUUAGUAAAGUUACUUUAUUCGA